AUGCCUGGUUUCUCGCAGGCUACCGAACUCUCCGCCUGGAAGGACCUCCAGGAGCAUCACAACUCCGUUGGACGGAACAUUGUCCUAAAGGAGGCCUUCGAGAAGGACCCGAAGCGCUUCGAGAAGUUCUCUCGCACCUUUGCCAACACCGUCGAUAACUCAGAAAUCCUCUUUGAUUUCUCUAAAAACUUUCUCACCGAGGAGACCUUGUCUCUCCUGGUUAAGCUUGCCAAGGAGGCAAAUGUAGAGCAGCUGCGUGAUGCUAUGUUCCAGGGAGAGCCCAUCAACUUCACUGAGAACCGUGCUGUCUAUCACGCUGCUCUUCGCAAUGUCACCAACCAGCCCAUGCAGGUCGAUGGCAAGAGCGUCAUCGAGGAAGUCAAUUCCGUCUUGGACCACAUGAAGGAAUUUUCCGAGCAGGUGCGGAGCGGCGAGUGGAAGGGUUACACAGGCAAGAAGAUCAACACAGUCAUUAACAUCGGUAUCGGUGGAUCUGAUCUCGGCCCAGUUAUGGUCACCGAGGCCUUGAAACCCUAUGGCGCCAAGGAUAUGAAGCUGCAUUUCGUCUCCAACAUCGACGGUACCCACAUCGCAGAGGCUCUGAAGGACUCGGACCCAGAGACCACUCUCUUUUUGAUUGCUUCCAAGACAUUCACCACAGCAGAAACCACCACCAACGCGAACACCGCAAAGAAAUGGUUCCUCGAAACUGCUAAGGAUGAAGCUCACAUUGCUAAGCACUUCGUUGCCCUUUCCACCAACGAGGAGGAAGUCACGAAGUUCGGCAUUGACAAGAAGAACAUGUUCGGUUUCGAAUCUUGGGUUGGUGGUCGCUACUCUGUCUGGAGUGCCAUUGGUUUGUCCGUUGCUCUCUAUAUUGGCUUCGAGAACUUCCACCAGUUCCUCGCUGGUGCACAUGCUAUGGACAAGCACUUCCGUGAGACUCCUUUGGAGCAGAACAUUCCCGCCAUCGGCGGUCUGCUGAGCGUGUGGUACAGCGAUUUCUUUGGUGCCCAGACUCACCUGGUGGCUCCUUUCGACCAGUAUUUGCACCGGUUCCCCGCUUACUUGCAGCAACUCUCCAUGGAGAGCAAUGGAAAGGCCAUCACCCGCUCUGGUGAAUACGUCAAGUAUACAACCGGGCCUAUCCUCUUCGGCGAACCCGCCACCAAUGCCCAGCACAGCUUCUUCCAGCUGCUCCACCAAGGAACCAAACUCAUUCCGUCGGAUUUCCUUAUGGCCGCUGAGUCGCACAACCCCGUCGAGGGUGGCAAACACCAGCGCAUGCUUGCAUCGAACUUCCUUGCUCAGUCCGAGGCCCUGAUGGUCGGCAAGACUCCGGAACAAGUCAAAACUGAGGGAGCCGCCGACAAAUUGGUGCCACACAAGACCUUCCUUGGAAACCGCCCCACAACCUCCAUCUUGGCUCAGAAGAUCACGCCUUCGACCCUCGGAGCACUGAUUGCCUACUAUGAGCACGUCACCUUCACCGAGGGUGCCAUCUGGAACAUCAACUCCUUCGACCAGUGGGGUGUGGAACUGGGCAAGGUCCUUGCUAAGAAGAUCCAGAAGGAGCUGGAGACUUCUGGUGCUGGAGCCGACCACGACAGUUCGACUAGCGGCCUGCUCUAUGCCUUCAAGCAAAAAGCCAAUCUGGAAUAG